AUGCACUCAUAUUUAGAGGAAUUAAAGUAAAAAGAUGUCAUAGCUAAAUAAAUCAAUUUACUCAUUCAAUAACUUCAAUAACAUCAAUUAACCUAAUCUCUAGUUCCUAAAAGUCAUUAAGAUAUAGCAGAGUUUAUGGUACUUAAUAGACUGAGGAAUAUUGACACCUAUAUACAGUUAUGUGAAAUGACAGGAAAAUGUUUGGGAUAGGCCAGAUCAGAUAUUAAAGAAAAUGACAAUCAAUUAAAUGAUCAAUUUCACAUACAAUUAUUGUAAUUUGGACUACAAAGAAAGAAGUUAGAAAAGAAGACCUCUCGGAGAUAACAAAAAAUGCCCAUCAUUCACAUUAAUACUCCCAGUACUGAGUAAGAUUCUUGUAGUUUAUAUAAUAAAAAAUUAAAAAAGAAGGAUAAAUAUUUAAAAUUGCAAUAAGUCAUGGAUGAAGUACAAUCGAAAUAGUCCUUAUAAGAUAGAGUGAAAAUCGAAGAAUACUUUUAGAAUAAAAAAUUGUAGAAGUUAUUACAAAUAGAUGGAUGGAAGAUUAUCGAUUAAUCACCUUUAUAUGAACCAGUACCUGAUAGCUUAAUAAAGUAAUCAUUGCAUCAAUAUUAUUCAUAUUGUAAGGUAGUUCUUGAGGAGUUUGCAGAUAUUAUAGCUCUUAAGUCAUGA